CCGCCGGGCUUCGUCCCAACUCCCCAAGCCUACUCCUCCUCCUCCUCCUCUUCCGCUUCCGCCCUACCUCUUCGUCACCGCGAGACACGACGCUCAGACCUUCGCCACAAGCGGCCAUCUGAGAACCUAAAGCUCGUCCAUCGCCACCUAUCGCCCAGCAAAAACGCGUGCGACACCCUUGACGUCAGUCAGUGGUAUCCUCCCCUCCCCUUCAUUCUCAUCCAACCCACUCGUAGCGCGCCACCAUGGGUCUCCCAGAGCGCUACUCACUGAGCGUGCCGGCGCAGGACCCGCGUGAUGGUCCUCCGGCCAUCAACCCCAACAUCAUCCUCGUCAUCCGCUUCCUCCUCACCUCGCUGGUUUGCGGCUUGGCGCUUGCCACAACCAUCAUGUGCUUGCUUGUUGUUGUCUACUACAACUCGCACGACCCAAUUAUCAGGCCGUCAUGGGGCUCACUCAUCUACCUGAUUGUCCUCGGAUUCUUCACCUGCAUCAUCUACUUCGGCUACAACAUCUUCCUCCCGCUCAUGCCCUUCAUCAGGUACGGCGACUUCCUCUACUCCCUCUUCAUGGUCAAGCUGGAACUCCUUCUCCAAUUUGCAUUCUGCGUCCUCUGGGUCUCCGGCGCCCUCGCAUACGCCUCUGAUCUACGAGGAUACGAGAAUUGCCAGUUUGAUGGGUACUACCACUACCCAAAGCCUGCAGACUUCAACCACGUCUGUGACCUCAUCAACUGGGCUGUCCCACUCGCCUAUGCCACUUUCGGUGUUCAGGUGCUCCUCUGGUUCUUCGAGACCUCGUUCGGUCUGUAUACCUUCCUGCUCCUCGACCAGGAGUCGUUCAACGAGCCUCACUUUGCCUGGGGCCGUCGCGCGUACGACUGGAAGCACAAUUCCAGUGCUCACCGUGGCUCUACCGGCUCCAACACCUACCGUGCCCGUGCCGUCGCUGCUGGUGCUGGCGGCGCGGCCGCUGGCGCCGCUGCUGGUGAGCGUGGCUCGCCCAACGGCAAUGGCCGUGGCAGGCGAGGUGCGGCGUACAACGAUCCUGAGGCGGCUGAGAACCAGGAUGAGGAGUACGGAUACGCUCAUGGUCAGGACGGCGAGUCAGAAUUGGCCGAGGAGAUGACCGAGUCUGAGCACGGUCAGUCUCGCGGACCUCUUGCUUUGGGCAGGAGAGGCAGAAGAGGGUACGCGGACGAGGAGUCCGUCGGCAGCGGUGGUACAGCUGAUGGGAGGUCGCAGGGUCACGAGAGAGGGGACAGCGAGGCAUGGCAUCUGCGCGAGUAGUGUGCGUGCUGCCCUCCUGCGCUUCCUUUUCUCGUCACCAUCACCUAGCAACCUCAGCCUCCUCACCAGCUCCGUCCUCGCAGCAUCGACUCUGGUCCCUCACGGGGCGACACGUACCCGUCGUCGCCUCCGAUGUAGGCCUCAAUACCACCACGACCACCAACAUCGAAGACGCUAAUGCGGCCUUGGCUGCCAAGCCGCUUCUCACUCUCUUUUCGAAUCGUACCACCACCACCUGCCCCGCCCAGCUCGCCCUCCUCCAAGGGCUGAGCGCACGGCUGUCCCCUCUUUCCUCUUCGUCGCAC